AUGGAGUGCUGGCCUUUGGAUAUCACACUGAAUUCGGCCAAGGACUUGAAGGACUUGAAUCUUUUCUCCAAGAUGGACCUGUACGCCAUCGUUUCGAUCCACGGCGACUACUUCAACAACAACACCAACAACGCCAAUCAGCAGAGGAUGCACAUUAACAAGGACUACGGCCCGAACCCCAAGUGGAAUUUCCCCAUGAAAUUCACUAUAGACGUCAGCGCGGUGGAGCAAAACCGCCUCGCACUCGUCGUGAAGAUCAAGGCGAAGAAGAAACUCACCGGUGACAAAGAAGUGGGCGAAGCCCACAUGCCCAUCAAAGAGCUCCACGAGAGCUAUGGCGAAGAAUCGAAGGAUGAGAGACGCACGAGCUACAACGUCAAAACCCAGAAAGCUGAAGGUCCCGAACCCAGUGAAAGAUGA